CACCUUUACUGCUUGAUACAUCCGUAUUCUCCGUGUUCGCGCUAUUUUUCUCAUCGAGACGAGUACGAGAUGAGAGAUUUCAUUUGUGUGAUCCUUAUAGAUUUGUUUCACUGACCAUCACAGUGAAACGAGUAUUGAAUGAGGGAACGCCAUUAUGAUGUGCGGACGCUGCAAGCAGUAGAUGACGUAUUAUUCUGUCUCUGUCAUCAUUCAACAUUCUUGAACCAAGAAUAUUGCAUGUGCUGUUUAUGUCAGCUUUUCUGUUUUUUCAUGUGACUUCGUGUCUUUGAUCUUCCUGACUUGGGCUUGGGCAUCCCCCAUUGGCCUACCAGAUCAGGAUCCCUGAGAAUGAGAAGUGCAGGUUCCAGUAUUUUUAUCGAUGCUGUUGCUGGAUAUUUUAAUUCGUGAUCGAUGUUCCUGUAGCAGUCGUGAUAGGUGUAGGUCAUCGUCCCGCUCUACUCUAUUCAUUACUAUUUCCAAAAUUUUGACAUGACGAUCCAAAAGCUAAGUGAGCCGCUGCUCGUUCCUGCGGGAUCUGGCAAUCCCUUUUUUGUGCAGAACAAGGCGGAACCGGUAUCUGCCGGAGGAGCUUCAGAUGAAAUUGCAAAUGUGGUGGAUAAAACUCCUGAAAGAGCGAGAAUAUCAUCACCAUCGUUGAGGCAGACUGGAACAGCGGAGCAAGCGCCACACGAUACUGAAGUUGGCUUACUAGGCAGAGACACAGGAGAUAAUGCGGCUGUUGUUGUAAACGUUCCUACAUCUGCAUCAGAUGGGUUUCCACCUCCUCCACCAGCACCUGCUCCACGAGAACUUAGAUGGUAUGACUUUCGCUGGCGGUUUCUGCUGGAAGAUACGGAAGAGGACGCGACCUUGGUGGAGGAGAGCUGGUGA